GUUGUUGUUGUCAUCAAGGUUGUUGUUGUCAUCAAGGUUGUUGUUGUCAUCAAGGUUGUUGUUGUCAUCAAGGUUGUUGUUGUCAUCAAGGUCGUUGUUGUCAUCAAGGUCGUUGUUGUUGUUGUUGUUGUUGUUGUUGUUGUUGUUGUGGUCGUCGUCGUCGUCGUCAAGGUUGUUGUUGUCAAGGUUGUUGUUGUUGUCAAGGUUGUUGUUGUUGUUGUUGUUGUUGUUGUUGUUGUUGUUGUUGUUGUUGUUGUUGUUGUUGUUGUUGUUGUUGUUGUUGUUGUUGCUUUCGUCAUCCGUGUCAAUUUCAAC